GGCAACCCAAGUUUGGUCCAUGCACAAAGCAUCUUGGCCAUUUGGGCUUGCCAAGUUGUACUGAUGGGAGCCAUUGAAGGUUACCGUGUUGCUGGUGGGCCUCUUGGUGAGGUUGUUGACCCACUUUACCCUGGUGGCAGUUUCGACCCAUUGGGUCUUGCUGAAGACCCAGAGGCUUUUGCUGAGCUUAAGGUGAAGGAAAUCAAGAAUGGCAGACUUGCCAUGUUCUCCAUGUUUGGGUUCUUCGUUCAAGCUAUAGUCACCGGAAAGGGUCCAUUGGAGAACCUUGCCGACCACCUUGCAGACCCGGUUAACAACAAUGCCUGGGCUUACGCCACAAACUUUGCUCCCGGAAAAUGAAGUUCUUAAAAGAUGUCACUUUUUUUUUAGAUUAUUUGAUGGCCUUGUGAAGUUGUAAAUGACUGGAGAUUUUAUGUGAUUUUUUUUAACUGUGUAGUUCUUAGUUAAA